AUGAUGCUCGUCGACUACUUCAAGGGACCCUUCGUCGUCUGGCAUCGUCCGAUUUUUUUCAUUUCCGCAGAAUCUCCCUCGCCGCGGCAUCCCCAACAUGAAGCUAUCAGUAAUCUGCACCAUCGUGGCGCUCGCCGUCACGUCGACGGAGGCGUGCGCCAAGUACAAGCACUGCUGGUGCGAGCGGGACAACUUCAUGUACCAGGGCAAGAUUCAGGACAAUGUUCCCUGGGACGAGGACACGGUCAAGGCCUGCGUCGACCCCGGGACGGUCGGCUACUACGGCCAGAACUUCAAGGAGUGCUACCGGUACAAGAAGAUGUUCCCAGCCUUCAUCCCCUCCAAGGCCAUUGA